AUGUCAGUCUUACAGCAGAUCGCGGAGCUGGAGCUCGCAUCCGAGGUGGCCAAGCUGGGCGAGCGCCGCCACGCCCUGGUCAGCGGCAAGGCGCAGCCCGAACCUGCCGAGCUUGAGGGCUGGGACGAUGCCGAGGCAAAGUCUCUGAACAGCGGUGGUGGCGGCGGCGCGGGCGCUGCGCCCAAGGGUGUGCCGUAUUUCUGGGCGUCUGUGCUGUCCAACUGCGAUGCGGUGGCCCAGUCCGUCACGGGCCGCGAUCGCCUGGCCCUGGAGUACCUGAGAGACGUGCGACGGCUGACUGGGCGCGGGGAUGGCGUGCGCGGCGUGGAGCUGGUGUUUGAUGCCAAGAAUCCGUACUUCCACAACAAGACCCUGCGGCGUGCCAUCGGCCAGGGCGUUGACGAGGGCACUCACAUCGACUGGAAGGACGCCGCUCACAACCUCACAGUCAAGGAGGUGUCUCGGAAGGCCAAGAAACCGAAGAAGGGCAAGGGAAAGGGCGCGGGCGGUGGCGAUGGCGGCGGCGAUGAUGCGCCCGUGCGCACACGCCUCAAGCCGUGCCCCAGCUUCUUUCGCUUCUUUGAGGUCGAAUCUGCGGGCGCUGCCGCUCACCUGGAGCGCGGGCUUGUCCCCGAGAUAGAGGAAGCUGGCGAGUUUGAGGAGGGGGACGAGCAGGACGCGCGCGCCGAGGCCAAGCGGGAGUCUGACGCCGAGUUGCUGGCCGCGCUGGCGGGCCCCGUGGUGCUGCGCGCCACGCACCUCUACCUGGAGGGCCCCCUGCAGGGUGGCGGCCGCGGCAGCGGCGGCGGUGCCAGCCGUGGCGGGGGCAGCAGCGAGGAUGAGGAUGACUACGAGCUCGUGGCGGGGGGAGGGGCCGGCACAGUGGCCGACCUGCCGCCUGCAACGCGCGCCGUGGUGGCAGCGCUGGGGGCGGUGCAGCGCAGGAUGGACGAGGCUGUGUCGCGCAGCCGCGCCGCCCGGCACACGGCGGCAGACGCCGCCACCCAGAAGCUGCGGGGCCUGUACGCUCAGCGCCGCGCCCUGCUCGCCGGCGAGGACGCUCCGCGCUGCUUUUGGCUGCGCGCGUUGCGCUCAAUCGACGCCGCGGCGCUGGCUAUCACGCCGCGCGACGCGGCGGUGCUGCAGCACCUGGUGGACGUGCGCUACGAGGUCCAACAGGACAGCGCCGGCAGCGCCAGCAGCGGCGCUGGUGGUGGUGGGGGUGGUGGUGGAGAGCAGCAGGUCCAGGGGCUGCUGGAGCUGGAAUUUGGGGAGACCUGCCCCCAGCUGGCCGGGACACGAGUGCUGCGCAAGUCGUACCACUUCACCGUUGGAGUCGGCGCCAGCGGCGCGCCGGCGCUGCGGCUGCUCAGUAGCAAGGUGCUGGCGGCGCCCCAGUGGGCGCCCGGCGUGCGCGACCCAACGCACCGCAAGGCACGGGACGGACGGCUGCGGCCGUGCGCGUCAUUCUUCCAGCUGUUCAGGGCCGCAGGCGGCGGCGGGAAGUGGGCGUUCAACUUGACUGGACCUGAGAAAGAUGUGCAGUCUGAGGCCAACGAGCUGGAGGUGGAGCUGCUGGAGGAGCUGCAGGCCGCCACACUGCCGCGCGCUGCCGCCAUCUACUCCGCUGCGCCCCGGGGCGACGACAUCGCCGCCUCCGACGACGAGGGCGCGUCCAGCGAGGAGGAGGGAGCGGAAGAGGAGGAGGCUGGCAGCGACAGCGAGGAGGCAGCGGCGCGGCGGGCUGCGCUGAGGCAGCGCAAGGAGCAGGCUGGGGCGCGGCCGUGGUGGCGCAUAUCUCGGGGCGGCGCGCUGAUCCUCCUGCUGGUCCUCAUGCUGGCGGGGCAGUACCUCGCGCUCAUCCUGCACCUCACGGGGGGCUAG